AUGAGUCUACCAGCAAUUGGACCAACAGGAAAACAGGCUCAAUCCAAUUCAGUAACAUCUCGUGAAAAAUCCAGUAGUACUUCAUCUUCAUCUGCAAGAACAGCUGACCAAUGGUUGCGUGAAACAGAUAAACAUCUCUGGCGGGCUAUCGAUUUUUUACACAUAACUGUUAUGAUCUGCGCUAUGUAUACAGCUAUGAUUGUUGCCAUCUUACGAAAUGAACUAGCUGAACAAUGUCCAUUGUAUGCUAAACUUUAUCUACGUGAUAACGUAACACUAUUCUCUGUCGAAACAAUCGAUCGACAAACUGCAUGGGGCGGUGUUUAUACAUGUGAAUUUGCAUCGUUUGCUUAUCUUUCUGCAUUUGUUGUUUCAUUUAUUUCACUUUGGAUUCACAUUGUAUUUCGGCGGGUUCUUCGAACAGAACGUUUAUUACGUUUGCCUAUUGGAGUAUUUAUAUUAGUAUUUACUUUGAUAGCAUUCGUAGCGACGAUUAUUGUUACUGAUGGUGUUGUUAAGUUUUGUACAACUAGUCCAGGCAAGAUUUGUUCGUCGUCAGGGCCAGAAGUAUUUAGUUCAUCAAGAUGGAAAAUUAUCAGUUUACCUAUUGGAGGAUGGUUAACAACUCUAACUUUAUUAUUGAAUGUACUUGUUCGUGGAUUUCAAUUGUUUUCUAAACCUAAAAAAUCACAUGAAACAUUAAAGUUACUCUUAAAUCAAUUGAUGCCUAACCGAAAUCCAGCUAAAUUUGAAAAAGACUCCAGUGAAUAUGGAUCUCAAAUUUCACGACAAUCCAUAGAAACAAAUCGUUUACAGCCUUUACAUCGACAUCCGAUUGAUCCUGCUUAUAGUCGAGAAUUUACCACUACUACUACUCCUUCUGAACUUUAUCCAUAUAAUUAUCCUCCUAUUCCUCAAUAUCGACAAAUAGAAAAACGCUCAAGAUUUCGUCGUAUAUGUUGUUCAUGUUUUUCUCGUCGUCGUCGCCGUCGUCGUCGUCAACCAUCGAUUCAGGAACCCUAUCGACCUUUUGUUGUUCCCGAUGAAUAUUUUCAUCGAUUAAAUAAUCUCAAACAAAACGGAGCUGUUCCACCAAAUUUAUGUUAUCAUCAUUCAAUGCAUCAUCCUGUUGAACGACAAACGCAAACCGAUUCACUUUCGCAACGAAAAAGUAUUGAUGAAGUUAAUGAAAUGCCAUAUUUACCACGACGUCGAAGUUCAGUUCGAUUCGAAGAUGAAAUCCCAUUGGCUAAAAUUGUUGAUGUAUCACCAACGACAACUCCGAAAACUGAAACAAUUCCAAUUGCUAAACAAGACAAUGAAGAAGCAAUAGCUCAAACGUCAAAUGAUAAUCUUGAACGAAAUGUAUCAUUUCGGAAUAAUGAAGAUGACCUAUGGACUACAAUUACAGUCAAUGCAGACCCAGGUGGACUUGUUCAAUCGAGUCAUUUCAAUAGACUAUCAUUAGAAAAUCUAUCUAUCGUUGAUACGUCGAUGGCUAAUACUGACAAUCGUGUUACUGCUAUUCAGGUCAAUAAUAUGCCUAUGGAAUCUACAUCCCCGGAGCCUACCGAGAUAGAAGCUGUGCAUCCACCUCAAUCAUCUUCUAAAGUCAAAUCAAAUCGUCAUAAAUCGAUUCCACCGCCGCCACCCCUACCAUCAUCAAUGUUUUCGCGGUCUGUGACAACAUCAAGUGAAUAUGAUAGUGACUUCCGUAAUAUAAAACCUGUUGAAGAAAUUCAUGCUAUUGUUACUGAUAAAUAUAAUUAUACUAAUCUAUCACAAGCCUUAAAAUCGAAUGUUGAACGUUUAAAAACAACAUUUAUUCACGCUCAAGAAACUCAAUCUCAUUAUGACAAGCCGAAGAAUUUUCGCACAAAAUUAUCGCAAAAAUCAUUUCAAAAUUCUAACAGUAAACAUCAUUCGAGCAACUGCUAA